GGGCGGCGGCGGCUGCGAAGGGCUCGGCCGGCCGGGCGCGGGGCCGCCAUGGGCAACCUGUUCGGUCGCAAGAAACAGAGCCGGGUCACGGAGCAGGACAAGGCCAUCCUGCAACUGAAGCAGCAGCGGGACAAGCUGAGGCAGUACCAGAAGAGGGUCGCACAGCGGCUGGAGCGAGAGCGGGCAUUGGCCAGGCAGCUGCUGCGGGAUGGCAGGAAGGAGCAGGCCAAGCUGCUGCUCAAGAAGAAGCGGUACCGGGAGCAGCUGCUGGACAGGACAGAGAACCAGAUCAGUAGCCUGGAGGCCAUGGUUCAGAGCAUUGAGUUCACACAGAUCGAGAUGAAGGUGAUGGAGGGACUGCAGGUGGGGAACGAGUGUCUGAACAAAAUGCACCAGGUGAUGUCCAUAGAAGAUGUGGAGAGGAUCCUGGAUGAGACCCAGGAGGCCGUGGAGUACCAACGGCAAAUAGAUGAGCUGCUGGCAGGAAGCUUCACUCAGGAGGAUGAGGACGCCAUCCUGGAGGAGCUGAAUACGAUUACUCAGGAGCACGUGGAGCUGCCAGAGGUCCCUGCUGAGCCCCUUCCUGAAGUCAACCCAGAGAAAGCUCCCGUCAAGGGAAGACCCAGGCAGGCAGAGCUGGUGGCAGCCUCGUAACUCAGCCUCUCCUGGAACUCGCCGGGAUGACCCGAGGAUUGACCCACAGAGAGUUUGGCUGCAUGAUGGCCCCAAAGGCUGCCUGGAGGCUGGCUGGGCUGGGUUGAACAGUGCCGAAGUGUCUGAUGGCUGGAGCAGCAGCCCGCACAGGCUCUUGCGUCAGGAUGCUGCUACUGCGUUCCCCUCGCAGUUCCAUGUGAAUGCUCUCAUUUCUGGAUGAAAUGGCCACGUUCAAAACCUCAGCCGUGCCCAGCCCCAGGUGGCUGUGGUUCCGUGGUAGUCACAGCCUGCCACUCCCGGUGCUGCUCUCACUGGUGACUCACCUGCGUGGCCUGCGCUCUUCUGCGGGGAAGGCACCACCAGACCUUGGGCUCCCUAUGCUUCCAUUUCACUUCUCUGCUGCUCACGUGAGCUGGAGGGGGAGGUCUUCAGUUAAGGGGUCCUCACCUUGCCUGGCAUCCUGACAUCCCUCAGCUUCCUGCAGGCUAGCAGCAGAACCCUAAGAAGCCAGCACUCUCCAGACCUCUUGGUGCCUCUCCCUUGGCAUCUCAGACUGUGUCUGGGAGGAAGUGGGCCAGAGGCUGUCUCUGCUAGAUGGACGACUCCAGGAGCCUGACUAAACCCGUCCUCAAUUACGGAUUGGUGGUGGUAGAACCCUGAUCCAGCAGGUGUGUCCCUAUCAUAUGCCCAUGGAAAUCCUGUACAGUCCAAGCUGCCGACCAAACUGCCAAUAGCCAAGGAGGGCAGCACACACCUUGAAAUGACUUCUCGUGCCCUGUACUUGUUCAGUACUGGACAAUCUCACCGGGUCCUUGGGUCUAUGAGGAGCACAUCCAGGGCCCACCAAACAAGUCAACCCCAGUGUUAUUAAAGUUGGUCUCCUGCA